GUCGCCGCCGCCCGGCCGCGCUGACGCGCCCGCCGCCGCCGAGCCGAGCCGAGCCGAGCCGCCGAGCCGUCCCGACAUGCCCGCUAGGGCUCGCUGACCGCGCACAGACUUUGAUCGCGAGUGCAGCGACGGCACCAGCCAGUGGCCACGUGGCCAAUAUGAGGAAGAAGAUGCCGCCCUCGAUGCGGAUCCUGCAGGAGAGCCAGCCGGACCAGGGGAUGCUGCUGCUGCACGAAGCCAUCUGCUGUCAGGGCAACUCUGCGCCGGAGCCGGCCAGUAACACGCAGACGUGCGGGAUCUGCCAGCGGCACUUCCAGCUGUCCGACGUCAUCCGGUUCGUGCAGCAGCGGGUGUUGGCCGGCUCUCCAGCCGUCACCGAACCCCUGGCGGCCAGUCCCCCGCCCGACCGGCCUGCCGACCAGCUCAACGGGCGCCGGCGGCCCAGCGGGGGCGCACGACGCCUGCUGACAUCUGUUGGCGACCGCGAGAAACUGCAGUUGAACGGCCUGUCGCCGACGCCGUCCGUCUCCAGUUUGUCCUCGAGGGAAGAGGAGAGCAGGAGAGAGCGGGAGGAGGAGAGCAGGAGAGAGAGGGAGGAGGAGGUGCAGAGGCGUCUGGUCGACGCUGGAGCCAACACCACCGACUCCGAGCCCGGAUCGUACGUGUGCUUCACCUGCAAGAAAGGCUUCGACUCGGCGUGGCUGCUGGUGCAGCAUGUCCAGGAAGACCACGGCGUCAACAUCUACGAGAACCACUCGGCGGCAGCCUGCCGGGCUCCCACUCCGUCCCCUCCUCCGCCGCGCCGGAGAUCGCCCUCCCCGCGCCGCUCGUCGCCUCCUCCGCGGCAACCGUCGCCGCCGCGGUGUGCGCCAGAGCCGGCCCCUCCGCCGCCGCCGCCGCCCCCGCUGCCGCCCGUCUCCACGCGUCUGGCACCCACCUCCUCCACACACGCCGGCUUCGAGCUGCCGUUCCUGAGGAUGCCGCUCGGCGCCGACAAGCCGUUCCCCUCCAUGCUGAACGCGCCGUUCAGCCGGCCACCUAGUCACAACUUCCGCAUGGAGAACAUCAUCUCAGAGCAGUUCCGGCUGAGCGCGCCGCUAUCGAUGCCGCCAUUUGACCUCGGCCCGCGGCCGCGGCCGCCGCUUUCCCUCCCCAUGGAGCCGCUGGACUUUUACUCGCAGCGGCUGCGGCAGCUGGCGGGCGCCUCGCUACCAACUGCUGCCGACCUCCUCACACCGCCGGCCAAGCGGGCUCGCGUCUCGCCGCCGCCCUUCGGCUCUCCGGCCGGACCGAGCACGUCCAGUCCGAGCCCCGUGGCACAGCCACCGGCAGCUGCCCCGCGCACCGGUCCGCCAAAGGCAGCCCGCAAGGAGCGGCCCCGCGCCUGCGAACACUGUCACAAGGUGUUCCGGUUCCAGAGUAACCUGAUCGUGCACCGGCGCAUCCACACCGGUGAGAAGCCGUACAAGUGCAAGAUCUGCAGCCACGCAUGCACGCAGAGCAGCAAACUGAAGCGGCACAUGAAGACGCACAUGAAGGAACUCGAACUCAGUGUGGAAAAAAACUCGCAGGCCAGCGAUGAUGUCAAGGAUGAGGACGACGACGCCAGCGUCCAGGAGGAAGAGGAAGAAGAGGAGCUCCUGGAUGAGGACGGCGAGGACUCUUCCGUCACGGCUGAGGUGGAUGGGCCGGAGGAUCUGUCGACCAAGUCGACCACCUCCACGCCGGUGCCGGCUCCGCUCACCCCCAACAACAACCUGCCGCCGACUCCAUCGUCGGAAAAAUCAUCGCUGGUCGGAGAAUUGAUGGACAAAUUUGGACUCUCAAACAUCAACACCUACAGGGAUGCGUACAAGCAGGCGCUACGCGAAUCGGGAAAGGACGAAGACCCCCUGAGCGACAGCAAUCAUAGUGAUGACGAACUGCUUGACAGCGAAACACACGAUAGCGAGACGAGAGAUAGCGACGGCCGCGACAGCGAAAUACCCGAUAGCGACGCCAUGGAUAGCGAGGCGCCCGCUAGCGAAACGCGAGAGAGCGACGCACAGGGCGGCGAAACGCGAGGCAGCGAGACUCGCGACGGAGAGUCGCGUUUCGGAGAGUCUCGCGAAGGAGAGUCGCGACGAGAGAAUGGCGCCGCUAGGGACGGCGAGGCGCGGUCGGGAGAGGCACGGGACUCAGCGCCGGAGGGCGAGGCGGCGGAGCGGACCGAGCGAAGCACCAUCAAAGUGCGGGACGAGUUCGGAGCCGGUCUUAUGGGCCACCAGCCGGCGCUGGACCUCAGUCGCGGCUCGCUGCUCGGGCUGGAAGCCGCCUUCGACCCGGCCCGCCGCCUGAAGCUGGACCUGGCUGGUCGGGAACCCGACACCGGCAUGCCGACCUGGCCCUCGGGGCUCUGGCUGCCGCCGAUGGCCAUGUCGCGAGAGUUCCCCUUCCCGCCGCGCUCAGCUCCCGACUUCCUCAGUCACGCCAAGGCCGCCUCCGAGGGUGCCCUGAAAGCGGCCCAGCGGCCCCUGCACGCGCCGUUCGCUCCCAAGCCGGGCAGCCGCAUCGGUCUCGACUCGCCGUCACCCAAACGGGAGCGUAGCCGCCGCGACACUUGCGAGUUCUGUGGGAAGGUGUUCAAAAACUGUUCUAACCUUACAGUCCACAGGCGCUCGCACACAGGUGAAAAGCCCUACCACUGCACCAUGUGCAACUACGCCUGUGCGCAGAGCAGCAAGCUCACGCGGCACAUGAAAACCCACGGGCGCAUGGGCAAGGACGUUUAUCAGUGCCGAUUCUGCACGAUGCCCUUCUCUGUGGCCUCGACCCUGGAGAAGCACAUGCGGAAGUGUGUGGUCAGUCAGAACAAUAAGACGGGCCUGCUGCCGCCGGUGCUGCCCGGUCACUGACGUCCGCUCCCGUCCGCCAAUGGCGAGCGUCCGUGGCUGUGACGUCACCCGGGCAGCGCGGUGACCCGGUCAGUGUCGUGGCCCGGGCAGUGCCGCCGCCGUUUUGUAUCAGGCCUAGUGCAAUCAUCGCUCAGCCGAUGUUAACUAGUGAAAUGACAUGACAUAAUCCAUUGCGUGUGUGCGUGUGCUGGUAAAGUACAAUAUUCUCCAGUAUUAGAGGCCGGUCACAGGGCGGCUAUUGCACAAACCAAAUAGGACCGUGGGCAGUUUGCACGGGGUUGUCGAGGGCUCGGGCGGGACCAAGGAAGUUCCAUCUGAGACUGGCGCUGCGUCGCCGGAUACUGAGCGCUGGUCGGGACCUCGCCGGCCGUUGUGUUCCGCUGGUGGCGCGCUGUGUUGGGUGUGUGGAGACGAGAGAGUAAGGGAGGGAACCUAGUCACAAGCGAGCGAGUCUGGUUGUCGGGCCGGCCAGAAUGCGCGGAUCCCGGGCCCGGCCGGCCGGCCGCUGAGACUGAUUUUGUGUUGGAUGGCGGCGGGCGGUGCGCCAUUGCCGCCCUGUGUCUCGGUUUUCUCUGUGUUUGGUGUGAGCCGCUGGGUCGCGGGGGUCAUUGGCGGGGUCAUGUUUGGGUCAUAGUGUCGGUGACCACACCUCCAGCUGUGGUCAGUCGGUCGGUCGGAGUGUUCUCAGCCGGUUCGGACCGCUCGGAUCGGACUGUCGUCAGGCGUGUGUUAAUAACUAACGGACUGCGGGGAGGGAUGACGGCUGGCGGGCAGCCCUGCUCCAUCGUUCUAAUUCAGUGAUCUCUUCCUCGUGUUCCGGGGUCGUCUGUGUUCUCUGCGUUUCACUGUUUGCACGUGCACAUUCUAUCACAAAGUCAUGCUGCAUAGUUUCAGUGUUCUAUCUGUGUCUGUUCCCGCUGCUUGGUUUGUUCUUACAAACGUCACAACAAAAAUGUGUGUCACAAAAAUUCGGGCGUCCCAUGUAGGGCGGUUUUACGUCUGCCCCUUUCCUAAGGGCUGGUGUUGAUUGUCUCACUGUUGGAAAAGAGCGGACGACCCACUGAUGUCAGUCCUGAACACGGAAGGUCUCAUGGAUGCCGCCUCAAUCGACCCGCGUGUGCUCUGAGAGCAUUGUAUGAGCGUGUACAGAACCACAACUACACAUACAAACAUAAACAGCCUACACUUUCACUAUCACCUGCACACAUACACCAGCACACAUUCAGUCGUACGAAGUAUGCGCGAGCAUACUUACCGAGAGUCAGACAGCCGUAUAGGUACAGCCUCGCCGGUCCAGCGUUCCGACGAGCGCGGCUGCAUACUGUUCCUUAAUUUAUAUUUUUCGAUGUGCAUUCAAUGUACCGACUACAUAGAAUAAAUGUAUCUGUCAAG